CACAAGUGUCUAGCAAUGACGUUUUUAAUAUUGAUAGAUAUUAUUUGAAUUGUUUAGAAAACAUGUGUCUGUUUUUGUUUCUUUUUCUUGCACUAACAGUAUUUUUUGGUGAAUUGGAAGGUUUGUGCCCAUCACAAUGUACUUGCAUUUUUCAUGGAAGAAGUGAUGGCACUGGAACAAGGUCUGUCUGUCUGUCUAUCUAUCUAUUUAUCUAUCUACCUAACUACCUGUCUAUCUGUUUGUUUAAACGCUUGUCUGUGAAUGUUUACCUGCCUCUUGCUGUCAUCGUGUCUGUUUGCCCUUUCCUGUGCUUAAUAUUUUUAUUUUGAAAAGUAAAAGUAAAGCAUAUUUCAAAAGUUUGCACUAGAUGCAUUAGAUAAUAACAGUCCUUGAAAUGUUAUAGAAAAUAGUUUUUUUGACAUAUUUUUUGCAACAGGUCUGUUCUAUGCAACGAUCCUGACAUGUUUGAUGUCCCUGUCAAUGUUCCUAUUGAUACUUUGAAGCUACGAAUUGAAAAGACAGUGAUCCGAAGAAUUCCAACUGAAGCCUUCUAUUACUUGGUGGACCUAAGGUACCUUUGGGUGACAUAUAACAGUAUUUCUAGUAUUGACUCAAGCAGCUUUUAUAAUUUGAAGCAACUACAUGAAUUACGUUUGGAUGGAAACGUGAUCUCGGUUUUCCCUUGGGAGUCUUUACUGGAGAUGCCCCGACUACGUACCUUAGACCUGCAUAACAAUAAGAUAGUCAGCAUUCCCGCUGAAGCUGCACGCUACCUAAGAAAUAUCACUUAUCUAGAUAUUUCUAGUAACAAACUUACUACUUUGCCUUCUGAUGUCUUGGAUAUAUGGCCUGCUUUCUCUGAAAAAACAGCCAACGGUGUGGAUCCUAUAUCUCAGAGAAUUAUAUUGGGUAAGUUCCUAAGAAUUUGUAAAUUACACUGUACAUACUGUAUAUAACUUGUUCGUAAUGGUAAACAUAAAUAAACUUGCUUUUCUUUAGUUUAGUUUUCUCUUUGGAAAUAUGGCUAAAUAUGUCUAUAUUAGAAGUAUUGUUUUUAUUUCAAAAUUUGUAGUAUAAUGUAAGAAAAGGUUAGGAUAGUGUUGUAGCUUAUCAAUUAGGCAAAAGUUCAUAAAUACAAAAAAAUGUAAAUUGCUAUCUAGCCAGGACCACAUUAACAUAGGGACUAAUGAAGCUGCAGCUCCAGGCCCAGGCCUAUAGAUCCUGACCUUUUUGUUUCAUUACACUCCUUAGGCUCUUAUAAUGUUGUGCUGAAGGAGGGGGUGGUAUGGAGGGAGCAAUCAAUUGUGUGGAGGAAGCAAAUCAGUCAUGGACUGACUGGCCACAACAGGCCUCCUAACUGUCCUGAUUUCAACAGAACAGCAUACCUCCCUAGUCCAAAAUCUCUUUGUCCCUAUUUUCUAUCCUAAUUUCUGUCAUUUUCUAGGAGCUAUAUAUUGUUGUGUGUGAGAGUGUAACAGAGCUCCAGAGCAAUAAUACUUAUAGUAAUAUAUCUUUUUUUUUUUAAUGUAUUAUUCUUUAUUUUUGGAUUCAGUUCACUGGCAUGAAAAAUUUAAGACAUGUAAGCAUAGGUUGUAAACUGAGACAUGUACAUUUCAAUAAGAUAUGAACUAAAAUGUUUGUGGUUAUAUUCUGAGUAAUACUAAAAGAAGAAACAUCAGAGACUGUCUACAGUGUAGUUAUAUGUCGUUUGGGCCUCGCUAUGCAAGGGGAUAUGAAUAUCAAAACUUUGUUUUUUUGUGGGACGUAUCGAUAUCGCGUUGGAGGUACACCUAGAAAGGGGAGAACUUGGCUAGUGGUGAUAGCGCUUGGUAGUGCCAGUAAGGUGGGGGGGUGGCGGGUAUCUUAAGUAGUUGAUAAACCAGUUGAGCUAAGGGGAAGAAGAGUGCUCAUAACUGUAAAACUGUGCAUAAGUUAAAGUAACUAAACCAAUCUUAUAAUGUAACCUUCAAGGUAAUCUUAAGCAUGUACUCCUGCUGGGUAAGUCAAGUGGUGCUUGCUGUAUACGAGUCCAGUGUGGACUUUUUGGGCAUAAACGGUAUAGUGGUCGCUGGAUCCCAUCUAUGAGGUGUUUGUUCUGCUGUGAUGGGCCUUGUGAAUGUCAGGGAUUCCCUUGGGAGGCUCAGGGUGUCUAGCAGCUUUUUUGCUUCCGCAAGGUCUUGGACAAUGUAUUUUUCUUCGCCCUUACAGACCAUAAGUGUGUGCUCCUUCCUCCAUCGGUAGUGUAUAUUGUGUCAUGUAAGGAGUGAUGUGAAAGGUAGUAGCGACCUUCACCAUGCUAUGGUACCUCCUGAGAGGUCUUAGUAGAAUGUGAGUGACAUUGACUCGAAGUCGUAGGGAGCACGGUCUUUCAUGGCUGCCAUGACUGUGGCUUUAUCCCUCCCAUUUUGAAAUUGGACCACCAGGUCCCGGGGUGCUGAGGCCUGGGCCCUAGACAAUUUGGGCACCCGGAAGAAUCCAUCCACCCCACUGGCUUCCCUUGUCUCUGGGGGAUUAGUGGCUUGAAUAAGCACCUCAGUAGGUGCGAUAGUUCUGCUGCAGGGAUAUCCUCCCUAACACCCCGCACCUUCACGUUGGAACUGCGUCUUAUGUCUUCCAGUGCUGCAAAGGGGCAGUCUUACCUCUCAGCCUGGUGUUGUAGAUCCCUCACAGUCUGCUGGAGUGUAGCCAGCUGCUGGGCUUGAUCGCUCGUGGUGGUCUCCAGGACUCUCAUCCGACCCGACUGUCCCUUUAUGUCUGUGCGGAUAUUCGCUAUGUCCGAUAGAAUAUUUGUUUGAAGGUCCACCAGAAGUGCUUUCAGGACCGAUGUGGUGACCGGAUCAAAGUCUGGGCGUGCUGGGGCUUGUGCCGGUGCUCUUUUCACCUGUAUUUCGUCCAACUCUUCAUCGUGGGAGAAAUCAUCAGAUAGUUCCGAGUAGGCCUCAGGGUAAGCGGCCAUUUUGGGCCCAGUCACAUCAUUUGCAUGCCGGAAUAGUUCUUCUGUGUUUAGGCUCGUUCUUGGCUUGUCCGGUUUCAUUUAUUUUGUUUUCCAUCCCAUUGUGUGGUGCCCGCUGAAGGUGAGUCAUGUUUGGGUCGGGAUUUGGACCUCCCAGAAGGUAAAUCACUCGAAAAGUUCUAAACUCUCAUUAAGUUGCUCAGUUCGGUUGUUCGGCUCUGCCCCUAUAGUAAUGUAUCUUUAAAUUACAAUAAAUGUAUUUAGAUAUCAGUCUAUGUAAAUAGAAUACAUUGUUCUCGUUCCAAAUUACAUUUUAGUUGAAUAAAUUAUCAGAAAGUUGCCUAAAAUGUCUUAGAACAGUCCCAGCCCUGGCCACACCACCUCUAAAAGUAAAGUGUUCCUGUUUGUCCAAUUAAAAUGUUGGAGGUAUAGGGCAGUCCUGAGUAAACAAAUAUUAAAAUAACACCUUAUUGCUUAAUAUUGCUCUCUCAAAUGACAUUUUUAAACAGAGAAAGACAGUGAUGGAAUUAAUGUAGUGAAUGCAGCAUUUUUGGGGGCUCACCUUCAAUGCAAGGGUGGCUCAAGUAUUGUACAACUCCCAUGAUGAAUUGCCAGCUGGGGAUCUACGAUUUGUUUGAAUGUGUGUAUUGUUAGCAUUUGAAUAAGGAAGUGUUUGUGUCGUAAUGAUGUUUAAGUGUAGGGUUGUAUUUGUGUGUAUUGCUGGCAUUUAAAUGCAGGCUUGUCUGCAGAAGCCGCAACACACACACACAGAUACACAGAAAACUGCAAACACUGACAUACAGAUACACACACUGACACACAGACAUGGGCGUAGGAACCUGAGUCAGUGUGCACUUCCUUUUAGUCCAGCCGGGUUCAGGAAACAAAUGCUCCCUGUACCCACGGACCAUACAGGGCUCGGCCACACUACAACAGAGGUAGGGGAGGGUUGGGGGAUAAAUUGACGGGGAAGAAAUUGACGGGGAGGGAGGAGGAGGAAAAAAUUUGAGAGGAGGGGAGGAAGAAAUGGGGAGGAAAGAAAUGACGGGGGAGGGGAGGAAAGAAGAAAGGGGGGAAAGAAGAAAUUGACAGGGGAGGGAGGGGGGAAAGAAAGAAAUUGAAGGGGGAGGAAGAAAUUGGGGGGGCAGGAAGAAAUUGACAGGGGAGGGAGAAAGAAAUUGACAGGGAUGGGGGAGGAAAGAAAUUAACAGGGAUGGGGGAGGAAGAAAUUGACAGGGAGGAGGGAGAAGAAAUUGACGGGGAGGGAGGAGGAAGAAUGAGAGUGGGGAGGGAGGGAGAAAGAGAGUGACAACAGGGGGGAGAAGAGAGUGACAAGAGAGGGGGUAGAAGAGAGUGACAAGGAGGGGGGUAGAAGAGAGUGACAAGGGAGGGGGGAGAAGAGAGUGACAAGGGAGGGACAGGGGGGAGAAGGGAGUGACAAGGGAGGGAGGGGGGAGAAGAGAGUGACAAGGGAGGGAGAGGGGGGAGAAGAGAGUGACAAGGGAGGGGGGAGAGAUUGACACCAUCACACACACACAAUCACACACAAUGCACCCCUUACACACAAAGACAAUGCACCCCUUGCACACAGAAAAACACACAAUGCAUUACACACACAAUGAAUUAGACACACACACACAAGCAAUGCAACCCUUACACACAAUGCAUCCCUUACACACACAGAAACACACAAUGCAUUCCUUACACACACUCAAUGCACCCCUUACACACACUCAAUUCACUUCUUACACACGCACACACUGCAUCCCAUACAUAUACAGAAACACACCUUGCAGCCCUUACACAUACAAACACAGAUUCACACAAUGCAUUCCUUACACACAUAUCAGGACAUCCCCUACACACUCCACCCCCCGUGAACAAUUGGUGGAACAUGAAGGUAGACCCUGGGACCCAGACCUGGAGCUGUGUAAAGGUCCCCCAAAAAAUGGAGCUGCUUCCCGUUCUCCCAGAACAUUGAUUUUUGUGACCACAGUUACAAACAGCCUCCAGAGAGCCUGUUCUACACCAGACCAGUGGAGCCAGACUACAGCUAGAGCCCAUCAUCAUCCUCAUCUGGUUGUAAGUAGGCAAUCUAGCAUAUUAUUCGUGGCACUAAUCUCUAAUUUACCUCACAUUAAAGAAACACUAUAGUCCCCAGAACCACUGCAGCUUAAUGUAGUGGUUCUGGUGUCUAUAGCCUGUCCCUGCAGACCUUUUAAUGUAAACACGGCGGCACUCCAGCACUGGCGUUAGGUAACAUGGCAGAUCAUAUGGGUGGGGCAUUGUAAUGUCACAUGGGGGGCGCGGCAAACUUUAAUUUUGCCUAGGUCGGCAAAAAUCCUUGCACCGGCCCUGGCCGGGUGUCACGUGACUACCCGGCGCUCAGUCUGACACUGCGCCUGCCGGACGUCCAGAGGUCCCCCUGCUAUGUCAGGUAAAAGGGGGGACAAAGGUAGAAAAAUAAUUGGAAGGGUUUAGGGGGGCUACUAAUAUGGAUGGGUUAAGGGGUAGGUAGAAAAAUAAUUGGAAAGGAUUAGGGGGCUACUAAUAAGGAUAGGGGGAGAGGGGUAGGUAGAAAAAUAAUUGGAAGGGUUUAGGGGGGCUACUAAUAUGGAUGGGAGGAGGGGGGAGGUAGAAAAAUUAUUGGAAGGGGUUAGGGGAGUACUAAUAUGAAUGGAAGGGGUAGGGUGGGUUCUAAUAUGCAUGGAAGGGAUUAGGGGGUACUAAUAUGCGUGGAAGGGGUAGGUGGGGUUCUUUUGUGCAUGGAAGGGGUAGGAGUGGUUCUAAUAUUCAUGGGAGGGGUAGGGGUGGUUCUAAUAUUCAUGGAAGGGGUAGGUGGGGUUCUAAUAUAAAUGGAAGGGGUAGAGACGGGUAGUAAAAUGUAUGGAAUGCAUUUCUGACAGUGUCCCUAAGUCAGGGGCAGUAUUACACAAUCUGUAUAUGUAUAAAAUAUAUAAAAAGUAAUCUGCAAAGUACAAAAUGUUUGUGUCAUAUGUCGUGCUAAAAAUUAAGCUAGGAAUAUGCAUAUUUUUUUAAAAUAAUUUUUAGAAUAAUGAUACAGACAUUUUAUCUCUUACAUUUGUGAUGAUUCUUUUUUCCUUUCUAUAUUCAAGGGACACUAUAGUCACCAGAACCACAACAGUAGUAGUUUUGGUGUCUAUAGCAUGUCUUUGCAGGCUUUUUAAUGUAAGCACUUCCAUUUCGUAAAAAGGCAGUAUUUACAUUACUGCUGAGGAAUACCUCUAGUGGACACUCAGAUGGCCACUAGAGGUGCUUCCUAGUCGAGACAUGAAUGCCGCCCUAUGAAGUAUCUGCGCAUGUGCGGCAAAGUUGCGCAUGCGCACCAGAGAGCAAUGACGCUUCUGAAUAGAAGCUUUUUAUUGCUCCCUGCUUGCACCCUCCUAUUUCGUCAUUUUGACGUAAUAGGGAGCGCGGAAUCAGGAGGAUCCCGGCGCUGUAUCCGGGUAAGUAAAAUCCCUUUAAUGUUAUUAUUUAAUCAUUUAUAUAGCAACUGCAAAUUCUGUAGCGCUGUACAAUGGGAUAAACAACUCCUAGUUUACAGAAUAAGAAUAUACCCGGCGAGUAAAAAUGCUAUCCCAACCAGAUUUUUGGGGGUUCCUACGCCCAUGCACACAGAUACACACACAGCUUUAGUGGCUCUUAUUCUCCCACUAUUUGUGGCCCAGGACCCAAUCCAAUCACUCAAUCCCACUUCAUUAAUAAAUAAUCACUUACCAGUCAAGCCAACCAGCUAGUCCCCUAAACAGCACCACACAGAGCAUAUUUAUUCUACCCCUCAAACCAGGCUCUGUCUCCUCCUCCCUCCAUCCCUCAGGAAUCUUAUAGCUAUAUCUUGAAGAACACCACGUUGGCUCCUGCACAGUGUCUUGUCUGGAGGCUCCAAACAGGUUCCAUGUGUGGACCUGCCUCCCUCUCCCUAUGCGGCUGUCACAGCAGGAACAUGUGGCACAGCCUAAAGGGCCCAUGGUGUCUAUAGCACAGUUUGAGUGGAGAAACUACUGAUAUACAAAAUGUAAACACACACAUACACUAACAGAGACACACACACACAUUCUCUCACUCAUUGUUAUUAUUAUUCUAAAAACAUAUUAUUGAAGUACCCAGCCUCUCUACCUUUGGGAGAGCUGGAAUUAAUUAUUUCCCUGGGGUCCAGUGUGGAUACUGUUCAUGGGGUCCAGUAUAACUACUGUGACUGACUCCCUUGCAAGCCAUAUUCCAGCUCUCAAAACACUGCAGGGCACGUGAUGAAGUAGAACAAGAAGAGCAUAGAGAUCAGCAUUCUCUCGCUGCCUCUCUACAAAGAGCCGCCUCCCUCGGUGGGACCCCCAGGAGGCCCCCCCAUGACAUGCGAAACACAGGAGGCCUUGUGGAACAGGACAAUUAAAUGCAUGUUAGAAAUUGAAUAUUGAUUUAAAAGGUAAAUUUAAUGUGAUUCAUGGACUUGCCAUGUUCCACUUUUCACUGUCUUCUAUCAGACGACAGCAUGUUCUUACCAUAUGUUACUGACAGAAAUAAUUUGUCCAGCCUGUUGCAAAGUUUAGAGAAAGCCUCUAUAAUCAGUGGCUCUAAAUCCCUGGUUGGGACCCAAAUUUAUGUCCAAAUGUUAUUUCAGCGAGAUUCCAGUUGUUGGAAUAUUCAUCAUGUGCCAGUGAGCUGCACACACUAGGCUGGUUACUGAAGCAAUUCUGCCUUCCUAAGUGCAAAUCCUUCUGAUAUUAGAAUGGGAUUAAUGAGGCCAUUUUUCAGAAUUAAUUUUGUUGUUGUACAUUACAUAAUAGUUGAGUAAUGAGCCACCAAGAUGAUGUCAUGUAUGCACUGUAGGUCCCUUUACAAAAAAACUAAUUUCUGUUCUACAGCUCAUAUUGAAUAGAUUGUGGAUGAUAUGCUGUAAAUACAUUGUACUCUUCUCCCCUUAUAUGUACAUAUGUGAGGGUUUUGAUAUUUUUUCACCCACUGGAGAAAUCAUAAUUAACCACAAGGAAUCAUAAUAGUCAUUAAAAAAUCAUAAUAAAUUCACCAGGGUUGGUGUUACCCGGUGCAGUAAUGCAUGGUACCAGACCAUACAGAAUCCUUAGUAAUGUGUUUUAUACUAACGUUACUCGCAAAUCAUAUUUCCCAUUUAUCACUGAAUGUAAUGGCAAUAGUAGAGUGUGUGUGUAUAGGGGACAUAGUUAAUUUGUCUGUGUAGAGGAUGUCGUAUGUAUUCAGGAGUGCAGCGUGUAUAUGUGCAGGGCCGGACUGGGAAAAAAAUUAGGCCCGGGCAUUUUUCAAUCAGAGCGGCCCCCUAAGAAGGGGGCGGAGCCAGAGAGUGUGUGUUUUGUCAUCACUAAUGACAACACGCCCCCUCUCAAAGUGAGCAUGUUGGUUCAAUGCCCAGAGCCCUGCUGAAGAGCUCUGGCAUUAGAAAAAGGCCCUGAAUUUGUUCUGCGCAGCGCAAGCAAAUUUAAUAACAUGCUUGCGCUGUGUUUGCUUUUAAAUUGUCUCUGGUGUCUCCACAAGUGGGAUACCAGAGGACAAAAGGGCCAGGAAAGUGCAUGGUGCAUAUGUUUGGAGCCUGCUUGUGGGAUUGCGUGUGUGUAGAGUGUGGUGUGGUAUUGUAUAAAUAGGUCAAUUUAAUUUGUGUUUGUGGUGUUAUAUGUGUGCCUAGGGGCUGUAGAGAGUGUGUGUAUAGGGGGCAUAGUGUUAUAGGGGAUGCAGCGAGUGUGUGCAUACGGGCUGAAGUGUGUGUGUAUAGGUGACGUAGUGUGUGUAGGGGUUGCAGAGAGGGUGUGUUUAGAGAAUGUUGUAUGUGUUUGCUGACAAGGAAUGUAGUGUGUGUGUGUAGGAGAUCUACUGUGUAAAUGACCCAGUGUGUGUGUGUGUGUAGAGGAUUAAGAGUGCAUAUAGGGUAAGGGAUCUAGUGUGUAUCUGGAGCGUAAUGUGUGUAGUGGUGCAGUGUGAGGGGUAUAUAUAUUUGGACUUAUAGUAUGUGUGAGGAGCGCAGUGUGUGUAUGUAAGAGGGGUGCUGUGUGUGAGGGUGUUUUUAUCUGCUGUCACAUUCUGGGUUUCUAAUUUUGUCUGUUAACUCACUGAGGGUUAUUUUAUAUAUAUAUAUAUAUGUGUGUGCUGUAUAUGUGUGGGAGUGUGCUGUGUGUGUCUGGGGGGUGCUGUGUGUGUCUGGGUGCGCAGUGUGUGUGUCUGGGUGCGCAGUGUGUGUGUCUGGGUGUGCAAUAUGUGUGUCUGGGGGUGCUGUGUGUGUGUCUGGGGGUGCUGUGUGUGUCUGGGGGAUGCUGUGUCUGGGGCUGUGUCUGGGGGGUGCUGUGUGUGUCUGGGGGAUGCUGGUCUGGGGUGCUGUGUGUGUCUGGGGUGCUGUGUGUCUGGGGAUCUGGGGGGUGCUGUGUCUGGGGGCUGUGUCUGGGGCUGUGUCUGGGGUGCUGUGUCCUGGGGGUGCUGUGUCUGGGGUGCUGUGUGUGUCUGGGGUGCUGUGUCUGGGGCUGUGUCUGGGGUGCUGUGUGUGUGUCUGGAGUUGCUGUGCUGUGUCUGGGUGCUGUGUCUGGGGUGCUGUGUGUGUCUCUUGGGGGUGCUGUGUCUGGGGUGCCUGUGUCUGGGGGUGUCUGGGGGUGCUGUGUGUGUCUGGGGGUCUGGUGGGGGGCUGUGUCUGGGGGUGCUGUGUGUGUCUGGGGCUGUGUCUGGAUGUGCUGUGUGUGUCUGGGGGUGCUGUGUCUGGGGGUGCUGUGUGUUUUGUGUCUGGGGUGCUUUGUGUGUGUCUGGGGGAUGCUGUGCUGGGGGCUGUGUCUGGGGGUGCUGUGUGUGUCUGGGGAUGCUGUGUGUGUCUGAGGGUGCUGUGUGUGUCUGGGGUGCUGUGUGUGUCUGGAUGCGCUGUGUGUGCUGGGGGUGCUGUGUGUGUCUGGGGGUGCUGUGUUGUGGGUGCUGUGUGUUGGUGUGGGUGUCUGGGGGUGCGCUGUGUGUGUCUGUGAGGUGCUGUGUGUGUAUGGAUGCUGUGUGUGUCUGGGGGGUGCUGUGUGUGUCUGGGGGGUGCUGUGUGUGUCUGGGGGGUGCUGUGUCUGGGGGCUGUGUCUGGAUGUGCUGUGUGUGUCUGGGGGUGCUGUGUCUGGGGGCUGUGUCUGGGGGUGCUGUGUGUGUCUGGGGGCUGUGUCUGGAUGUGCUGUGUGUGUGAAUGUAUUUUUUAUGUAAAUUUAAAUAUUUUUUUUUUACUAAUAAAAAAAAAUUAUUCCCCCCCCCCUCCCUCCCUUCUUACCUUUAUACCUUUAUCCUGGGAGGGGGAGGAGGAGAUCCGUUAUGCCUGGGGAGGUGGGAGCCAUGCUGCCUUCCCUGGUGGACCAGUGGUGAGAGUGAACUCUAACCUGGAGGUUAGAGUUCACUCUCGCGAGAUCUGAGCGUUGCCGUGGUAACCGCGGCAACGCUCAGAAUCCCGCGAGAGGACCGGCGGAGCUGCUGGCUAGAGCUCCGCCGGGUCCUCUCUCCUCCCUCCCUCCCUCCCUCACCCAGCCGGCGGCCGCAUCUCCCUGUCUGUGGGCCGGUGGGGAGAUCUUUGAUCUCCCCACCGGCCCACGGAGGCACUAUGCACGGCCAGCGCUCGGAUAGCGCUGGCCCUGCAGGGGCCGGCCGGGGAGAUCCCCUGCCGGCCUCGGCCCCACGGCCAUCGCGGCCCACCGGGCAUUUGCCCGGUAUGCCCGAUGGCCAGUCCGGGCCUGUAUAUGUGUGUUUAGCAGGAACAUAGUGAAUGUGUGGGAGAUGUAGUGUGUGUGUAUGUGUGUAGUGGAUACAUAGUGUGUGAGCAUAUGUGUAGUGAAUGUAGAGUGCGUGUGAGCAUGUGUUUGAGGGAUGCAGAGUGUGUGUGUGUGUGUGUGUGUGUGUAGGGGAUGCAAAGUGUGUGUGUGUGUGUGUGUAGAUGAUGCAGAGAGUGUGUGUGUGAGUAUGGGUGAGAGGGAUACAGAGUAUGUGUGUGUAGAGGAUGCAGAGUGUGUGUGUAUGGGUAUGUGUGUAGGGGGAUGUAGAGUUUGUGUGUGUGUAGUGGAUGCAGUGUGUGUACAGGUAUGUGUGUAGGGGAUGUAGAGUUUGUGUGUGUGUAGUGGAUGCUGUGUGUGUGUGUGUGUGAAUAUGUGUGUAUAUGUGUGUAGGGGAUGCAGAGUGUGUGUGAGUAUGUGUGUAGGGGAUGCAGACAGGGCCGAAUUUACAUGUCAGACGCCCGUAGGCACAACAUUCUCCUGGCUCCCCAAUCACAAAAUAAGGCAGAUAAAGUAAAUAUAAUGAAUUUAUUAACUUAAAUAUAAUUUAUUUAAUACAUUAUAAUAUAAUUAAUUUAUUAAAGUAAAUAAAAUGAAUUUAUUAACUGGACAUUGCAGACCUGAAAACAUUUAAGAACAUAUUCAUAUUUGACAACUGCAUAUGUAAAAAAGUAUAUAUGUGCACAUUUCAGCCCUGCUAUAUAUGCACAUACAUAGUGUUUGAAUAUGUGAGUGUAUGUUAUUGUAUGCAGCUGUGUAAAUGCACGCAGCAUUAAAUAUGUUAGAAGUUGUUAGGGUAAAGCAGAGUUUAAUGUUAGAAUAGGGUUAAUGGCAGAGUUAGCCCCAUGCAGUAAGGGAUUUUAAAAGGUUAUUUUCCCAUUCGUAAUAAUAGGCAGAUCAAGUUAUAUAUACAUGUUACAUUAUGCAGAAAACCACCCUCAGAUCAGUUGUAUUCUCUCUGUCUCAGAGACUUUACCAUGAAUACAGUGUUAUGAAAGAAAGGAUUAUCGGGGAUUUUCAAAUUAGUGUUUUCUACUUUAGUAACCAUUUAAUCCCAGUCAUGUGCUCAUAGCAAGCAGCAUAUACUACAAACUAAGUUCAUCCUAUUACUCAAUCCUUACUUUAAAACAUUUAAUUCAUGAAUACAAUCUGCUGCAAUACCAUCAAAAAUGUGUUUAAUGUGAUCACGUGCCAUGUUUUAAAUCCGUUGUAUUUUUUAAUCUUUUGCUUUUAGAUCACUUUAUUAAAUACCAUCAAAAUAAUGAUUGAAUUUAGCCAAUACGUUUCAGAUCACUUUGGCAAAUAUCCCCCAAUAUCUUAAUCUCAGUUUCACCUCUAUUCACUAAUGUCAAGCAAUCACAAUGAUAUCUUGAAUUCUUAAAGGGACACUAGAAACAACCAGACCACUUCAUCUCAUUGAAGUGGUCAGGGUGCAGUGUCCAGCAGCUGAAAAUAUUGCAGUUUUAGAGAAAUGGCAAUGUAUACAUUGCUGGGUUAAAACUGCCUCUAGUGGGUGUGUACUAGACAGCCAUUAGAUUUGCUUCCUUCAGUUUCACAGAGUUUAAAGGGACUCUCUUGUGCCAGUAAAAACAUAUUCGUUUUCCUAGCACUGCAGGACCAUACAGUGCCCCUCUCCCUCCCACCCCCCAAUCCCAUGUUGUUGAAGGGGUUAAAACCCCUUCGGUGACUUACCUGAGUCCAGCGCCGAUGUUCCUCCCCCGCCGACAUCAGCCGGCGGGCAAGACCUAAUGCGCAGCUAGCAUUAGACCUCCCCAUAGGAAAGCAUUAUUCAUUAUUCUAAGAACACAGAAGUUCCUCUAGUGGCUGUCUGAUAGACAGCCACUAGAGGAGGACUUAACCUUGCAAGGUAAAUAUUGCAGUUUAUAAAAACUGCAAUUAUUACACUUGCAGGGUUAAUAGUGGUGGGAGCUGGCACCCAGACCACUCCAAUGAGCAGAAGUGGUCUGGGUACCUGGAGUGUCCCUUUAACUCUGUGAAAUGACACUGGACAUCCUCAUGCUUUGCAGGAGUUAACUUCACGAAUCAUAGAGAAACACAUGGGCUAUUUAUUAGAUGAUAAGUUAUCAGGAAUUCAAAGUGAAUUCCUCUUAUUAGGGCACAAUAGGUGAACUGAACAAAUCUCCUUUAAGUCAGUUUACCUGUUUUGACAUGAGUUUUUAAAAAAAUCAUUUGAAUCACCCUUUGGUGUUUUUACCAGUAAACAAUGCCUUGUGUGGAUUUCAGUCCUGCUAAAUGUUUUUUCAGCAGGCAAAACUAGCAGGUUAUGAUCCCAGAACAUCAGCUGAAUUAAAUCUACAUUUAAAAGUAAGCAAGUGGUUUCAAUUCAAAUCAAGACUGCAUAAAAAUGAGUUUUGUACUGCAUCUUAGAAAGCUGGAAUGAACUGGUGUUAGUUUUGCCAGCCUGAUGACAUCACAUGCUUCCCCAACUGUGCCAAAUCAGGCAGGACCAUUCCAAUAUCAAACGUCUGUUUGUCCCACAUCUGGGACAGCAGGGAACUAAACCCAGCCAGCACAGUCUGUGCACAUCAUUAGAUGCAUUUGUGCUGUGUGAGCUCUGCAUGGUCUGCCCUGAGUGGUGCUGGCCAGGAGGCUGUCAAUGGUGCUGGUCAGGAGGCUAUCAGUGAGACAUCAGUCAGCCUGUUGAGCAUUCACAACAGACUAAAAAGCCCCUUCUAUGAGUGUCCCCACCCCUCUCUGGGCAGAACAACACAUUUUGGUCAUUGCCAGUGACUUUAGUAGUGUCACUGCCACUCCUCUUUCCACCCUUCCACCCUUCCAUUCCACCACCUCCUAUCCAAUUCAUACCUUCAUUGAAGGUAUGGCAUCAUCAUGAUCCAUCAAAUCCAGACUGGUCUUUUCAUGCAAUUUAAUGUAGGAGCAUGAUGAUAACUGGCUGUAGGCCAGCUGAAAAGGUCAAAGAAUUUCACAAACUAGCCAUCCUACAAUAAGAGUCCUAACAGCUUUCACCACUUCCCACUGCAAGCCUGUGCUCUCUUCUCUCAUCACUGAAGCUUAUAUACUUAGUAGCAGUCCUGUGUGUGGGAUAGAGCGUGGGGAUGUUAUGUCCCCUCAACACAAAAUGCCCUGUCAUCACAAGCUGAGCCAAUACUGAGGGACAUUGUAACUCAAUGAAGUCAUUAGAAUUGCUGAACCAUUUAAAAACUGGUCAACACAUCUGCACUAUAUGUACUUCCUUUGUUAUAUUUAUGCAGAUGAUAAGAGUUGGGCACAUAUCAAUGGCAUUUUGCCAAGAUUUUGUGUUGUGAGUUGUAUAUUUCUUGGGGUUUGGAAAUUCCCUUAAUAUACUAUAACAAGAAAGUUUCCUCAUCUGUACCUCCUGAUGUGUAUUUUUGAUCCCUGUGAAAAAUGUUUAUGCCAAACCUCAAAAAUUACCUUUUCUCAAUUAAAUGGCUAACAAUUAAAAAAAAAUUCAUAACAAUAAAAUGGUAGGCAAUUUUGAGUAGAUGGAUUCCCAAUCAAGAACAAAAGAGAAAUUUUAACUAUUGGAACUAUGGCUGAGCAUUUAUAUAAACCUUUGUCAGACAGUGAUCCAGUCAAAAUGAUCACAUACAUUGGUUGCAAUACAUGUGACAUGGAUGAUUGCCAGUUUUCUAAUGGUUUCUGGGCUUUGGUUUCAAACAGGAAAUGAACAGUAGACAUAUUAACAUUGCCAUGUAAAAAAAAACAACUUGUGAAAUGCUUAUCCUGCUUUAUGGUAAAAUACUCAACAAACUUAAAAUCUAAUAGACCAGAUACACAUUAAUGUACACGGACCAUUGAUGACUCCCAAUCCCAGCUUCCCUAGUAAAUUCUCCACAAGUCUCAAAUUUAGUGAAUAAACCACACCACAUCAACAACCAAAUUCCUUUUGUAGGCCUAAUGGUAGUUUUAAAGGAUGCUACUGGAAAUUAAAUCACCUGUAACGAGAUUUGUGGGCACUAAACCCAACGAACAUCAGUAAUGUCACGCAAUCCUUACUGCAUGAGAUGGUAAGCAGAAAUUCAGAAACUGGUGUUAGAAAAGUGUCAAAACAACACAAAACACAAAAAAAACAGGUUGUGCUGAGUAUUAAGUCAAAUUCUUUGGAAGAUCCUGGCUUGGAUUUGUCCAGGCUUCAGUUGAAGGUAAGUAUAUGUAAUGAAACAGAAAAUAACCAGUAAUAGUGCAGAUAGCCAAAUAAUUAGUGUAGUGUAUUCACUGGUUAUUUUCUGUUUUAUUACAUGUACUUACCACCAACUGAAGCUUGGACAAAUCCAAGCCAGGAUCUUCCAAAGAAUUGGUCUUAGUUCACACAGUAUUCAGUGCAGCCUGUUUGUUGUGUUUUGUGUUGUUUUGCUUCUUUUCAGUAAGGUUUUGGUGUAUUAAUUACUUUCAGUGUUUGCAGCUUAAUUUACUGUUUAUAUUAAUUGAUUACUUAGCGCUUAUCCUACCUUUCAUACUUGCUGUUUAUUUUGUUAGAAAAGUGUGAUUGCUCAAACUGAGGUGAUUGAACCACGCUCUGAUUUUUAAUAUUCAUUUCUCGAGAGAAAAAAAAAGGAACAUAAGUGACCUCCAGUGGUAAAAAUGUAUAUAUCACUGUAAAGCAUGUUAGGUAUGUUUAUAUGCUCUAAGUAAACUGUGGUGACAUGAAGCACGACAAAUCUUUCCACAAAUUUAAGCAAAAGAUUACUGUCUAAAACAUGAUGCCAAUCUUGGGAAUUGGUAAUUGAGAGAGAAUUGUUAUAAUAUGAUUUUUAGAAACUACUGUGCACAAGGCAGAAUUUUCCAAAAGUCCUAAUUAAAUACUUGAAAUAUGUAAAUGGUGCACAACAGUAAUCUUUGAAUUUAUAUAUGUAAAUUAAAUUAUCUGUAUAUUAUUUAUAUAUGUAAUUUGUGCUGUUAUUUUUCAUAAUAAACGGAUAAUGCACGGUUAACCUCUGUGCAUUCUAGGGGACCUAAUCAAAGUCACAACUAGGACAUAUAUAUCCCCAUCUGCCUGAGAUUAGUGGGAGUUACAGUACUGAGUGGCACCUGCCACCUUCCAGGACUGUAACCCUCAAUAAUCUCAGGCAGCACUGAGAAUCGCUAAGAUAUCUAAAUGCACUACCCUAAAAUCUUACACACCACACUACACAUUAUCCCUUACAUUACUAUAACAUGCUACACUAUACGUUAACCUUCAUACUAUAAUAACAUUGUCACUAAAUAUUAAUGCUACACUACAUAUUAAAAGAGCACUUUGGGGGGCGUGGCCAGCUUCGGAGCAAGAUGGACGCAUAAUUCUCCUGCUCCGGCAUCUAGCACCUAAUCUAUUGCAAUCCUGAGCAGUAACUACUCAAUUUUCACAGAGUGCCGACAAUGUCACACCACAAAAGCAAAAAGAGCUCCGGGAAACCGGACAAGCUUAAUUUUUUCAGCCAGAAACAAGCGCUGGCGUCUGUGGCUGCGCAGGCCUCAAAUCCAGAUGGAGGCAUGGAUUCUGAUGGCGGGCCCUCUAUACAAGAUCUGCUAACUCCGUCCAAAAAUGCCCAAAUUACGAAGACUGAUCUAGCAUUGGCACUCGACAGCUUGUCUGCUAAGCUGAUAUCAUCAUGGCAACAUAUGGCAGACUCUCUGAGGAAGGAUAUACAAGAGCUGGGACGACGAACUACUCACAUGGAGGACAAAUAUGACGAGUUCGCCACGGCCCAUAACGAUCUGGCCUCGAAUGUGGAACACAUGGCAGCCAGGAUGGAUGCUCUUGAAGGGAAAGUGGAGGAUCUGGAAGACCGCUCUCGUCGGAAUAAUUUACGACUGAGGGGUAUCCCAGAGGAGGUCACUACUGAAGACCUACCAGCAUACGUGCGGGGCCUACUGCAUGCCCAUGCCCCGGAGAUACCGACAGAUAUGCUGCUGGUAGACCGAGUUCACCGCAUCCCCAAACCCAAACACCUUCCCCAGGAAGUACCGAGAGAUGUACUAAUGAGGGCGCAUUAUUAUCAUAUAAAGGAGCACAUUCUUCGCGGCAGCAAGAUGAGGGCCACACCGCCGCCAGAUUAUCCUGACAUCAAGAUAUACGCUGACUUAUCAGCGGCAACACUAAGAAAGCGGAAGGCAUUUCAUCUGAUUACAGCUACCCUGAGAGCGCACGGCAUUAAGUACAGAUGGGGCUUUCCCACUAAGUUAUUGAUUGCCAAAGAUGGAGGAAUCACCGCCCUAGCAAACCCGGACGAGGGGGCAAAGCAACUGAGUGCCUGGAAUAUACAAAUCGCACAGACCAUGUCAACGGCCAAACCCGUGGGGAAACUUACCACGGAAUGGAAAAAGGCCGCCAAGAAACAUUGAACCCAGCCAGAGUCUGAUUAAGGGAUGUGGGACCAGCACACGUUCUGAACCGGGACUCCGCGGAGUGACUGCCCUUGAGUGAACCCUCCGCGCCGUCUCCCCUCCGCUUGGGGAUGGACUGGAUGUCUGGAGCGGGGGAGGGCUCGGGGGAGGGAGUGAUCACGAGAGCGGCCGGGUCCGGGGUUCCCCGCCGACCCCCGUGACGAGGCGUGCGCAGAGCGGGACCGUCUGCGGGGGCCUCCAGGCCGGGCUGCAAGAAGGAGGUAGGGGCUCUUCCUGUUCCCCUGCCGGUUCCCCCCUUGCCCUAUGUUUGGGCCCCCUGGAGUUGUGGACUGCCCCGAGGGUGGAUAUGGUCAGGCAUUCAGCCACAGCACGGCAUCGCUGAAUACGGACACUGCCAGCUGCCUGGAGAGGAAGCAGCUGCCCUAGGCCUGGCUGCAGACAUGCCGGACAGUGAAAGACUGGUAGUCAUUGGUGGGGCGGGGGGCUCCGGGGGUCCGGGGGUGGGGCGGGUGGUGGAGCGGGGGGUCUAUUAUGGGUCUAUCAUUGGUCACUAAUUGUUUGAUACGGUUGGAAUGAUGAGACGGUAGGGCAGGGUGACUGUCUGAAGGCAAACUUAGGCCGCGGAAACCACUUGCGCUGUACCCGGGGGCGGGGACGUGGGCGGGGCCCGACUACAUCCCACUAAACUACUGCUCACCACAUAAAUGGAAGUGUCAGCUGCGCCAGCAGUGUAGGCACAUACAUAGAGGUGCAUACAGCCACGCUAAUGGAGAGACAACAUCUCCAUAAUACCCCAGAUGUGGAUGAUCCACAUGCAGUCUCCUUGGGAGACGAUUUGUACAUAGUUCUCACGUUUUCCCUUUCCCCUCUUGUUUUCCCUCGUGUCGGUCAGGCAAACUAUAACAUAUUACUAAAUACAACGGCUCACAGGUCCAUGCAUCACUGCUUCCCUGCGCAGACAGGCGUCUGGCCUGGGAAUCAAGCUGAAGAGGUAGCCCAACACCUAGACUUAACAUACAGGGUUAUCCCCUUGGCACUUUGUGCUGCUGUACUGGUACCUGUUAUACUACUUAGAAGUCCAAUAUCACUAAGUGAUCUAUGAAAAUACAAACAAUUAAUGCUCGCGGCUUAAACACGCCGCACAAACGACGGCUCCUCCUGGAGGAUGCCAAGCGUCAGCAGUCAGAUAUUCUCUGUAUACAAGAGACCCACUUCGUGCAUAAUAAGGUACCCCACUUUGCCUCUAAAGAUUACCCCACGCAAUAUCACUCUACAAAUGCUUCUAAAUCCAGAGGUGUUUCCCUGCUCAUCCACGCAUCACUCUCAUUUGAGCUCUUGUUUUUAAAAAAAGAUACACAGGGUCGAUUUCUUAUACUACAUUGUAAAAUUAAUGAAGUUGUCUAUACUCUAGUGGGAAUUUAUAGCCCCAAUGACAACCAAGGGAACUUCCUGAGGAAGGUGCUCUCUAAACUCCCUAAUACGGUGCAAGCGUCCACAAUUAUCUGCGGGGACUUAAAUCAUGUGUUAUCUGCCAGCAUGGACACCACUGCUUGGGCACAGGCACAUAGACACAGAGUGGUGGAAAGACAGGCAGAUCUCCUGUUAAAACUCCUGUCGGAAUACCAACUAUACGACGUAUGGCGAGCACAGCAUCCGAACAGUCGGGAAUUUACCUUCUACUCACAAGUACACAAAACGCACACUCGUAUAGAUUUUAUAUUCAUAUCAGGGGACCUAUUACCCAAAGCUACGCAUAGUGAAAUAGGGAAUAUAGUAUGGUCGGAUCACGCCCCGGUGCAUCUGACGCUGGAAGAUACCUUCCCCUCGCGGGGGGCGGCCACGUGGCGCCUAAAUGACUAUCUCCUCUCCAACAGGGAUUUGUUAGCCAAAUUAAAAGAGGAAAUAAAUGCCUUUUUUGAAUUAAAUAGUACUACAGACACCGCCAUCACCACACAAUGGCAGGCGCACAAGGCAGUAAUCAGAGGUCUGCUAAUUAGUCACACAUCUUAUCUUAACAAAAAAUCCAGACAGGAAUACAUAGAUCUUUUGAGAUCCCUAAGGGAAGAAACCUCCAGGCAAAUCAAAACCCCAACGCCAUCCACUCAACAACGCAUAGAGGCCCUACGAGGGGAAUUAAAUGCUAAACAUUUGCGGACAACGGCCCUCAUGGCAUACAAACUAAAACAGACGACAUACACACAAGGGAAUAGAGCGGGGAAGACACUGGCAAGGCUACUAAGGCAACAACGACAAAAUGCAAAAAUCCCAUAUCUCCUUGAUAGCAUAGGGAAUAAGAUGUAUAACCCUCAGGCGAUUAAUGAUCAAUUGGUGGAUUAUUAUGAUGGUCUUUACAAUCUAAAAAAGAACCCAGGCACACACCAGCCAUCCCAAGCGGAAAUAGACCUGUUCCUACACGGUGUCCAGCUGCAGCAGCUUACACACCCAGACCAGAUAUCACUAGCAGAACCCAUUACAUCUUCAGAGAUCGAAACCACGAUUAAAUCGCUUCCUAAGGGGAAAUCCCCUGGCCCAGAUGGUUUCACGAAUCUCUAUUACAAAACCUUUUCCCAUAUGCUCGUCCCCCAAUUAGAGAAAUUGUACAACCAUAUACGUAUCACCGGCGAAAUCCCUAAAGAAAUGCUCUUAGCGCACAUAACAACCCGGCAAACCACCCAAUAGAAGCCAAAAUUUACGCCCCAUAUCGCUAUUAAACACGGACCUAAAGAUAUUAGCCAAAAUUUAUGCUAACAGACUGGGGUCCAUCCUGCCCAGGUUGAUAAAUGAUGAUCAAGUUGGGUUCAUAAGGGGGAGGCAAGGCUCAGACGGGACCAGGAAGUUGAUUAAUCUUUUCCAUACUAUACGGAAAACCGGAGUCCCGAGUGUGGUACUGUCACUGGAUGCUGAAAAAGCAUUUGACAGGCUACACUGGGGCUACCUACAAUCCGUACUCAGGAAGCUAGCCUUCCCGGAAUGCUUCAUUACCCUGGUAUCGGCGCUUUAUAGUAACCCCACUGCAAGAAUAUCUAAUGGGGGCUUCACCUCCAAACCCUUCUCCAUUUCCAACGGGUCCAGGCAAGGGUGCCCACUAUCCCCCCUCUUAUACAUAAUAGCGCUGGAGUCUUUAGCACAGCAUAUACGGAACUCACCAGGUAUUCAUGGGAUACUAGCAGGAGGGAUGGAACAUAAAAUUACACUUUUUGCAGAUGACGUAAUGCUCACGCUAUCUCAACCAGAGACUUCCCUCCCCGAGCUACAAACUGUCUUAACACGAUUUAGCAAUUGCUCUUAUUAUAAGUUGAACACAACAAAAACGCAAGCCAUAGGCCUCAACAUAACCAAAUCCAAACUCCUGGAAUUAAAAACCACCCAUGCUUACGAUUGGCAACAGUCCCACUUAACCUUUUUAGGGGUCAAUCUCACACCUCAAACAAACCAACUAUAUAAGGCUAACUAUCUGAAACUGCAUAACUCAAUUAAGCAACAGCUCUUAGCUUGGAAACACAAAUACAUCUUGUGGACAGGUAGAAUAGCUGCCAUUAAAAUGAUGGUCUUACCAAGGUGGCAAUACCUUUUCCGAACCUUGCAGAUUAGGUUACCGAGUACUUUCUUUAAAGAGUCUCAACAAGUGAUAACUCAAUUCAUCUGGGGAGGAAAGAAGCCUAGGAUAGCGGCUGAAACUUUGUAUAAACCAUUUAGGGAAGGUGGCCUGGGGUUGCCAAACAUAGCACGGUAUUACGCGGCGGCUGUGAUGAGUACGCUGGUAACUACUUACUUUGAUAAAAAGCCACGGAAGUGGAACUCUAUAGAAUCCUCGCACAUAGGGGGCCUUUCCCUGCCCACAAUGGUUUGGUUGCCUAAAAUGCAUAGACCGAAAUACAACAAUAUUAGUCCCACCACGGCAGCAACGAUUUACAUAUGGGACAGAAUCCUUAAACGGCACCGAAGCGAUACUUACAUAUCCCUCGCUAUGCCGAUACAAGCCUUACAAUUUUAUAUUCCUAACUUUGACUAUGGGCUGUGGCACAAACAUGGGGUAACAUAUAUAUAUCAAAUCCUAGCAGAGGGCCGUAUCCUGGAUUUUAACUCCAUAAUCCAAUGCUAUCGACUUCCAGAGAAAGCACAGUACUCGCACAUGCAAUUACAAUCUUGGGCACAACGGAAUCUCAAAGGUGAUGUCCUACAACAGCGCAACUCCUUGUUAGCAGAAUUGGAGAAAUUGUGCAUAGCCCCGAAACUUUCCCCCAAAUUGCUGUCUGUAAUAUAUCAGCAACUAACGAAAUACGAUAAACUAUGGAGACCAUCGUUUCUGAGGGCUUGGGAGAGGGAUCUCCACAAAAACAUAUCAGACGAACAAUGGGCCGACAUAUUCCUUGCACACAAAAACCUCACUCUCAACGCAUCCCACAUAGAACUGAGGAAAGUGCUGUAUAGGAUGUAUAUGGUCCCCACAAGGGUGCACAACAUAGCUCAUGAAAGAUCCAACCUGUGUUGGAGAUGCCGGACGGCAUCCGGAUCUAUGCUCCACAUUUGGAUGUCCUGUCCACGACUUGUGGAGUUCUGGAAGGAUAUCUCAACCACGAUACAGGCAGUAACAGGCAAGAAACUUACUCACAACCCAGAGACAUACUUACUUUUAGCACUGCCGAGGAGACUUCCCAAAGCCACUCUACAUCUUAUGUACCAUAUUAUCAUUGCAGCCCUAGCGGCAAUAGGAAAGAUGUGGCUUAGGGACACUCCGCCAGAGAUUGGGCAGUGUUUGAAUGAGGUGGACACCACAAAACAAUAUGAGUUAGAAACAAGACGCCUAAGACCUAAAGGAGAGACAUGGCAAGCAGCAUGGGCCCAGUGGGACACUUGGCGACAACAAAACUCAACUCACUAAGGCCCAGAGGCUCAGAGCCCUUAGCACAGACUUUUAUUACUGAAGGACCGACACCUUGCCCAUAAUUGACCCUAACCUUUUCCUAGUUUCCCCAACCCAAGUUUCUAGAGGAUGGGUAUGAUGUAAAAAGACGGAAACGACUGAGGCAUUGACAUACGGGUGAGGAUACCGAGGUUCCCUACACCUUGACGCUUCCCUGUUGACAUACGAAGUUAUACAAGACACGAGAAGUAAGAGUGAUAAACACUUGACCCACUUGGAUGGGUGGAGGAUCUAAUACCCAGCACUGUUGUACUGUUGUGAUGUCUGUACAAUGCAUCCCUUUCUUUUCUGUACCCAUUUCUCCCUUAAGUCUUAAAAUUCAAUAAAAUAUUGAAACAAAAAAAAAAAAAGCACUUUAAGGUUGAAAAUACAUAUAAAAAUAAAUAUAUACACAGAAAAAAUAUUCAAAAGGAAUCAGUCACUUAUUUCAUUUAAUUUUUAAUAUUAGUUUUCUUAAUAUUGAUUAAUUGAUAUUAAACUAACAUGUAAAUCUGUUUAGCUUGGAAAAACAUCACCUCAUAUGGGGCUAUGAUAUCAUCAUACAUAUAUAUUCGGGCCAAUACAAACCAUUGUCUGGAAAUCAGUUUGUACACAGGACUAUACAAAGGACAUGAGGUCAUGUGUUUAGACUGGAAGAAAGGAGAUUUAGUCUAAGGCAAAGGAAAUUAUUUUUUACAAUAAGAUCAAUAAGGAUGUGGAAUAAUCAGCCUGAAGAGGUGGUUUUAUCAGAGUCUAUACAGGUUUAAACAGCAGUUGGAUAAAUACUUGCAAAAACAUAAUAUAUAGGGAUAUCAUUUCUAAUUAGUGGGGUAAUAGUUUCUUGAUCCAAUGAGAUACCUGACUGCCAUUCUGGGGUCAAGUUUGUUGCAAAAUUGGAUGCGCUUCAGACUGGGGUUUUUUUGCUUGGUUUUGGAUCAACUGCAAAAACAAAUGUGACAAAGGUUGAACUUGAUGGACGCAUGUCUCUUUCCAGCUAUGUAACUAUGUUUUUGUGAGAUGUGGAAGGCAAAAACAAAUGUGGAUUCAUGCCUUUUUAUCCGCAAGCGGAUGUCAUCAUCUUAGCUCCCUUUAAAGGAAUUAUAGUGCCAAAAAAACAAACUCGUUUUCACUCGCCCCCACCUGUGACACUGAAGGGGUUAAAAUGGAUUGUGAUGUAAUUUGUAAAAAUUUUAAUAUAGUUUAUAAAACAAGUUGCAUCACAUGAAAAAGGUCAACACAAGUUAAGGGUGUAUUUAAUUAUUUUAUUCAAUGACCUAAUUUACAAUUAAGUGAUGAUUCCUAUUUAAUCAUUAUUAAAACAUGAUUUUAAGCACUACUUAAUCUCUUUUCAGCAUAGUCUCAAAGCCAUUUUUUUAUUUAAAUGUAAAUAAAUUUAUUUAAAAAAAUGCUUCUAUAUAAAAGUUCAAUAUUCCACCUUGUACGUUGGAAAUCAGCUCUGAUUUAGUCAUUAGUACAAAUGAGAUGUAAUAAAAAUAAAUGACUAAUUAUAACAAUGUUUUCUCUUUAAGGAUUGCAAGAUAACACAUGGUUCUGUGAUUGCCGCAUAUCAAAGUUGAUUGAACUUUCAAAACUCGUGGAUCCCCAUGUGGUUUUUCUGGACUCCCUAGUGGUUUGCUAUGGACCUGAGUCUCUAGCAGGCAUUUUGUUCCAAAGAGCAGAGUUGGAGCAAUGUCUGAAACCUUCUGUGAUGACAUCAGCCACAAAAAUUUCUUCGCCACUGGGGAGCAAUGUGUUACUGAGAUGUGAUGCAACAGGCUCUCCAACCCCUCAAUUAUCAUGGAGUAGAACUAACAGCACAUCCACUAAUUACACAGGUACAUCCAACUUUUUAUGCCAGUUCCAAGGAAUACUAGUGUUUCUUAUGUAUGGACUUAGAGAACUAAACAUUUCUGUACAUUUGCUGGACAUUCUAAUAUGCUUCUUCAUUGAUUAAAUGUAGGAAUUGGUAGGAGUAUCACGAGAAUGUCAACUUGGCAUAUUUUAUAUUAGAGAACGAUAUAUACAUGCAUACAUAAGAAAUGCAUAUAACCUGUCAGAUAAUCAAUGGUGUGUUGUAAAGUUAAUUGAAAAUGCUAGAUGUGGAAUCUAGAGUAACACAAAUAUUUUUAAUAAAAAUAAUGUUAGCAGCAUGCUAACCAGUUUAUGCAGAAAUUGUACUUAUUGCUAAACUAAAAAUACAUAUACAUAAACAAUGCCUGCUCUAUAUAUAUUAAGGGAUUCCAUGCAAUUUUUAUUCACUCUUGUUUUUUUUUUAAUGUGGGGAUUUUACAACAAUCUCAAAAUAGUUUCUGGGUGUGAAAAGCAAAGGAAAAAAAAAUAAAACAAAAUACAUAAAUGUUGGCAACGAGACAUUUCCAUAUAUUUGUGAAUAAUAUCUAUAAAACAAAUAAAUAGAAUUUAGCAAUAGUAGUGAGAAAAUUAGUCUUAAAACAGAUUGUGCUAAAUCAUUUAAGCUUGGUGGAAGAGUUAUUAUAAGAAUUGAAUAAAUUAGUAUGUAUUAUGUUCAAAUGAUGACCAACUCUGCAUACCCAGGGGAAAGGGGUAUAUAUCUUAACAAUAUAUAUAUAGUAACAAUUGUCAAUACAUUACAAAUAAGUCUGGUUUUGACUCAGAUAAGAAAAAUAAAAUCAAAGAAAAGAAAAUAAAAAAAGGCAAGGGAACUUUAGAGGAGUAAGUCCCUAUACUUAUCCUUGAUCUAUCCUUCACAGUGAAGACAUGGCACGAGAAGGCCGAUCAACAUUUAGACCAGUAACUGUCUUGUAUGAGGGACUAAAAGAGUAAUAUUCUGGACAUUUCAUGAUGUUGUAACAUAUGUUCCGGCAAACAUGUCCGGCUGUGUACCAAGACCCACUAUGUGAGGAAAUUAUCAGCAUCCAAGGGUUGACAGUUUGAGAUUAAAGUCAUUGUUGUCCACUAUCAAGGAUUAUGAGUAACCCAUUUAAUACCAGGUUGCACAGACUGUGCCAAUAUAAAGUAUUCCCAAGUUAAGUCUUAAAAAAAACAAGCUAUCUGACUUAAAGCUCAGGGGUGACUUCCCCUUCACUGCACUCAUAAUCUGAAGUUUAUCAGUAAAAAGAGUGGCAUUUAAUAAUCACAUCCCUAGGUGCCACACAAGGAGCCUGCAGGUUGUUUGGGCGACAUUAUGGAGGUAAAGAAGAUGUCUGAGGAAAUAAGUGAUUUCCUCUGUUAUAAUGGUCAAAUGCUGUUGUCUGAGGCUAUAGAUUGUGUUUAGGAUUGCUCUUCCACCUAUCAGUUCUCCGAUAUCUUGACCAUCACUCAAGCUUGUGAAGAUAUACUAUUUCUUCUUCCAAUUAUAUUGUCCUUCCUCCAAGUGUAGAUACAGCCAGAUAUAUAUAGAUGUAGAUAUAGCCAUAUAAACAGAAUAUAAUGACUGUAAAAGGCAGUCUUUAGAUGUGGUGGCACAGACAGUGAAGAAAAUACAUCCAUUCUGGCUGCCAAUCGCUGUGCCCCUCAAACUUGUUCACUCUUCAAAAAAUAAGCACCAAUAUUUUGCAUGAGAUAAUUAAGGAAGAAUUUGAACAGCAUUUUAAUAUCUUUAGUGAUUUUAUAAUUAUAGAUGUUUUAAGUAUUUUUUUUAGUUAAGAGAUUUAACCCCGUAAGGACCAAACUUCUGGAAUAAAAGGGAAUCAGGACAUGUCAGACAUGUCAUGUGUCCUUAAGGGGUUAAAUACAUGAAAUGUCAUAAAACUGAGUUCUUCAUUGCUGUGACUUAUUCUUUGCAAAUAUUAUAACAGAUUCAGUGUAUAGUAAAUAUUAAAUUUUAAUACGUAAAUUGUUUCAGCGUGUCUCUUAGCUGUUUUCUUCUCUUUCUAGUUAUUCAGGAAUCUCCAUCAGAUGGUGUGAGAUGGUCAAUUCUAAGUAUGAAUGGCAUUUCCUACAAUGAUGCUGGAGAAUACCGAUGCAAGGCUAAAAAUUUGGCAGGUAUAGCAGAAGCAUCAAUAACUGUCAUAGUGGUUGGUGUUGUCACAACAACAGGAUCUCCACAACGUUCAUUUUGGAAAGUAGGAGCAGAUCAGAUUAGCAAUAUGCAAACAGUAAAGGAGGAAAUUAUCACAACAACAGCUGCAGACUGGUUUCCAGUUCAGACAAUUACAUCUUCAUCAGUAGCCCCAAAAACAACAUCAGCAGCACUACCACCAACAAUAGCCCCUACAAGUAUUACCUCUACUACUCCAAAGAGCUCAGAGACAAAACAGCCAAAGUUACAGGUACCUGUCAAGAAAAUUGGGACAUCUGCCACACAACACAGUUCUGUAGUACGGAACCUGAAAGUGUCUGUUGAGUCAGAGGAUCGGGUCACUCUGACCUGGAAGACUCUCAACACAACAAACAGUUCGACCUUGACUGUGCUGUAUUCAAAAUAUGGUGAUGAAGAGAUGCUGAGGUUGAGCACAGACCCCAGGAAAAAUAAAGUAACAAUUGAUGGGUUACAGCCCAACACAAAAUACAUGGCGUGUGUUUGUCUGAAAUCAACAGCACCUAGAAAAGACCAAUGCAUUGUGUUCUCUACAGACUCUCUUCUCACCACUGAAAGUGUUUCCCAAAUAUCAAGCCUAGUAAUAGCCAGCAGUGUUGGCUGUGUUAUUAUCUUGCCGGUCAUCUUUGUUUUACUUUACAAAGUCAUAAAACUGCAGUGCAAGCCACAGGCCCCUGGUGAAGAGGACCUCUUAAAAGAGACGUAUAUAAAAUUUGAAACCUUGUCCUUGAGACCAUGUUCCAUCAAUGCUGGAGGAGAGUUAUGGACUCGAAGAGACACAACAGAGUCAGAGAGACUUCUUCUAUGCUCAAGGUCAAGUAUGGACUCUCAAGUGACUUGCAAAAGUGAAGGAUCAAGGCCAGAAUACUACUGCUAGAACCUGCAUGUAUUAAACACAAAUCUAAACAUUAAAAAAAUUAUAUUUUUUCAAAAAUGCAGUUGGUAUUUAAAUCACACUAAAAUAGACUUUCUCUGUGCUUUAUUCUCUGUUAUUCAUGUCCAAAUGUUUUUGUUUUUCUGUUCUUGAUAUUAAUUGAAACUUUUUUCCAAUAAAUAAAUAUUUUUAUUAGCUAA